AUGGACUAUUCUGAAUCGCUCCUGAAGGCCAUAGCUAGCAUUCAUUUUUAUUUGAGAGAGGGCUACUAUGGAACGGCUCUCAAAAUUUGUAAUGGACCAGAAGGUGGGACACAACAUGUUCAGUUUCUAAAGGGAAUUGCAUUGAAUCUCAGCGGCAAAGCAGCAGAAGCAAUGCGAUUGCUAGAGCCAUUGAGAACAGGAGACUAUGCACUUGGGGCACUUUAUGCUCUGAAACAGUCACAUCACAUGGCAGAGAAUCCUGAUCGUCAAUCGCUUCUCGAGAUAGAAUCCGAGAUUUCAUCGCUCAAUGAUGCUCCAGAUUUGGGGCAAUAUGUAGCAGCUGAAGCGCUCUUCUUCAUCAAAGAUUACGCAAAAGCAAAACUACUUGUGGAUAAAAUCACGAAGUCUGACCCAGAAAAUGCUAUGUUCGCUUGCCUUGCUGGUUGGAUAGAAAUUUAUUCGGGGCGUGAUCAGAAGUCAACGAUGGAGUUAUUCGACAAAGCCAUAGGCGGGCAUUACUUGGAUGGCUACGUGGGGAAAAUGACUGUGUUGUCUUCGAGACAGCUCGCAAACGACAUGAAAGCUCUAGCAAAGGAAGCCCUAGCAGUUUCGUUCGGCUACAUCCCUUUCCAUAUCGAAUCAGCACGCGCGUGUCUGCUGGCGAAGGAGUGGAACAACAUGGUUCAAGCACUUCAAAACUCUAAUAUUGUGGAGUCUGACAACAUUCUUAUCCAUUUCCUGCUAGCAGUUCAUUGCAUUUGUUCUACUGGCACAAAGAUUGAAUCUGUUCUGAACGAACUAAAGACUGCACUAGAUGCUACCGAAAGUGAGAACCAUGCGCUCUAUGCAAGCGUUGCUAAUGCUCUUUACAGAAUGGCUGCACGAAACAGGACUGUGCUCGCUUUUUGCAGAGAGUUACUGGCCCAAGCGAAUCGGAAAGGACGGCAUGCUCAGUAUGUUGUUGAUGAACUACGCGUCGCUAUCUCUUUCGAAGAUGUUAGAGAAGUGACUGCAAAGAUGAAAGAGCUUAUGAAUCUGGACACCGAUGAUCCAUACGCCACGCUCGCUGCAACCCUGUCGAAUCUCAUGUCUGGAAAGUUGAAUGAGGCUGCGGAUCAGCUGACAUUCAUGAAGGAAGCGAAUCCGCACAUCACUGAAUCAGCUGUUUAUCAUUUUGCAAGUGCUGUAAUCGCCAAGUACAAAGAUAACUCUUUUGAGAAAUUUAUGCAAAUGACGAAUGACGCUAUUAUAGCUCAUUUGAAUAAAAUACAGACCAUGCCUUUUGGUGUAGAAUACCUUCGACAACUCGAUUCGGAUUUUAUCAUGGGUCUCAUCUAUCAGAUUUUGGAUUAUGCACCAAUCAUGCCAUUGAAAUCUCCUAAUGAGGUUUUGAAAACAGCGGAACGUCUUCUCAAUCUUCUUGUCGACAACUCUCCAGGAAUCAGUCAAGUCUAUUACCUUCUUGCUCGUUGUUUCUUUUUACACUCUGACUGGGAUGCUGCUGAUCGCAUGAUUAAUCAAUGUCUGGAGAAAAAUGAGACUGUAACAGAUGCUUAUCUGCUGAGAGCUGAGAUCAAACUAAUGAAUGGACAAGUUGCCGAUGCAGACAGCUGUCUCAAUACUGGCCUUAGUUUCAACUUUGCUAUUCGAGAAAGCUCGAUUUUCCACCUAAUAAAAGCCAAAGUGCAUAAGCAAAAGAACGAGCUAGAAAAAGCCGCUGAUCUUCUAAAAGCUGGUCUCAAACUACCACAGAAAGAACGUUCCACAAAUUUACUAUCGAAGAUGGAAAGUACAGACUCCCAGAGGAUAUCUAUUCAGCUGGAGUUGAUUGAUUGUUUGCAAUCAUUGAAACAAAUUCAUGAAGCCGAACGAGUUAUGAAGGAGGCCAUGGCGCAGUGGAAGGGAAAACCAGAAGAGGAACAACUUUUGCUAAUGAAUGCUCAAAUAAAAAUACGGAAAGGCGACGUAGAUGGAGCACUGGCCAUGUUGGGGACGGUGCAGCCUGGGCAGCCAAACUACUAUUCUGCACGCAUGAAAAUGGCGGAAAUAUAUCUGGAAGAGAAGCAGGACAAAACAAUGUUUACGCUCUGUUACAGGGAACUUCUUAAGAGUGCACCAACAUCGGCGACCUAUGCGCUGCUGGGUGAUGCAUAUAUGAGUGUACAAGAGCCAGAGAAGGCUAUCGAAGCCUACGAGACGGCGUUGAAAAUGUCAAAUAAGGAUAUGGGUCUGACAGAGAAGAUUGGCGAAGCAUACGUGUUAUGUCAUCUAUACUCAAAGGCUGUAAACUUCUACGAAUCAGUGAUGAACUCGACGAAGGAUAAACGAAUGCGCUUAAAAUUAGCCGAUUUACUUCAUCAGUUGGGAAACACAGAGAAAUGCAUGCGCAUAUUGCGACAGCCACUGGACGAAGAGCCUAACCCUAUAGAACCGGCCACCAUCUCUGCUCAUGUACAGUAUCUAAAAUUACUGGCUGAAGUGCAGUUUGAAGGAGGAAAGCACACAGAGGCGCUGAAUGAUUUGACAGCAGCCAAAAAUCUGCAGAUGAAGCUCCUCACAAAGAGUGAUUCCGCUGCAAAUCAGGAGGUGAAGAAGGAGAUAUCGAAGAUUCUCUGUAGCCAAGCAGAAAUUUAUAGCAAUGCACACGAUCACAAAAUGGUCAUUGAAAGGUACAAAGAAGCGCUCACGUUUUACGAAACGGAUAUAAAAACGAUCCUAGCGUUAGCUAGUCGGUACAUGACUAUCAACAAGUUGGCCGAAUGCAAACAAAUGUGCGAAAUGGCUUUAUCUAUCGACAAAAACAAUGAUGAAGCAACACUUAUGGUUGCCGACAUGCUUUACACUAAUAACGACACUGAUAAAGCAAUAGUGCACUUCGCUCAGCUGUUGGAAAAGUACCCUAAUCAUUACCACGCACUAGCUCGAUGUCUGGAGCUGGCAUGGCGUGCUGGGCAUGUCGAUCAAGCUGAUAAGUAUCUAAAGAAAGCGCUUGAAAAUAACCCACGCGCUUCUGUUGAUGCUGGUUAUAAUUACUGCAAAGGAUUGCAUGAGUGGUAUUCUGGGGAGCCAAAUGCUGCAUUGCAAGCCUUCAAUCGCGCUCGUCGUGAUCUUGAAUGGGGCGAGCGAGCUUUGUAUAACAUGAUAGAAAUUGUGUUGAAUCCAGAUAAUGAGAUCAUCGGUGGAGAGGUAUUGGAUGCAGAGGACAGAGGAGACAACUCUGACAGAGAGAUGGCAGCUAAAACUGCAGAACGUUUCUUGAAGGAAGUGACGUUCAAGAACAACAACUCAAAGUAUAUUCUGAUGGAGAACUCAAUCCUAGUCGCGAGCGGCGUGCGAGCCAAUAUUCAGCGUGCACUUGACAGAUUGCUGCCAAUAGUAGGGAAUGACGGAGAAAAAGUCUCAAGCGUUGGCGCGGUUUUGGUUGUGGCGAGGGCGUAUAUGCUCAUGAAACAGACUCCUAAAGCGAAAGCGCUGCUUAAAAGAGUAGUUGGUCAUAGCUGGACAUUGGAAGAUGCGGAUUAUCUGGAGAAGUGCUGGUUAUUGCUCGCUGAUUUAUACAUCAAUCAAAACAAAUCUGAGCAGGCGAAUACAAUCUUGCGAACCGUCCUGCAACACAAUGCGCUCUUUGUGAUAUCUCACCUGCACCGAUGUGCAUUGAAUGAGAUGCAAAGUUCAAUAAAAGCUUUCGAGUUCCUUGGAUAUCUUCGUGAACGGGAGCAGAAGUUCAAUGAUGCAGCUGCGAAUUACGAUGAUGCCUGGAAAUUGAGUCGAAUGCGGAAUCCAUCUAUAGGAUACAAAUUGGCCUACAACCUCUUGAAAUGCAAACGAUUGUUUGAUUGCAUUGAAGUUUGUCAUCAUGUACUGAAGCUCUAUCCCACUUAUCCGAAGAUCAAGAAGGAAAUUAUGGACAAAGCAAGAAUGAGCAUACGAUCUUGAGGUGUUUGAGGAUAAUAACAAGUGGUUGUUUGUUUGAGAUAAUUCACACAUGAAUAUGCCUUCCUUCGUCUUUUUUUUUUCAACUUAAAAAUUUAACAUCUAAAUUAUCUGUAAUCACAUUGCUACAAUGAUAAUUACCACUAGGUCUAUGAAAAUAGAGUAUGCGAGCAGCUCACGUUAUGUAGGUGGAUAAAUUGUUGAGCCUAUCCUCUGUGCAUAUUUUGUUUUGUCAACGUCAGAAAUGAUUCGAUAUUUGACCGGGUUCGACCUUUCAUGAAGUACUUUGUAAUUGUAAUCGCAU